UUAAGUUGUUCACGUACUAAAAGAGGGGUGGGAUCAAUGCAGUAAUGGCAAUAUGAUGGCGAUAGACUGUCAGCUGUGUAUUCAUAAAUAAAACAAGAAUAUGUUGGAUUUCAGUUUACAGGGAGUUGAAUAUCCUUAAGGGACUUUGUCCCUUUAGAUUUUCAACAGCGUAGUUUCUUCAGUGGAAGGCUUGUCGUGAGGCUUGUCGCGGUCCACCAACACCGUCUAGGCCAGAUACACAGAAAUUCUGGACCACACAGAUGCCAGGCGAUUGCUGACCCUUGACCCCAGGUAUCCCCCCAGCCGCCCCAUCCCAAGGCUGAGCUCUAUGAUUUGCGGAGAGACCAUGUCUGGGGUGAACAUCACCAGCGACCUCCUGCACAGGCAGAUCAGGGAAAAGAGGACGUUGGGCUUCCAGAGGCACUACCAAGUGACUGAUCCACUCAUCAAGAGACUGGGUCUAGAGGCAGAGCUGCAGGGUCACUCUGGUUGUGUGAAUUGCCUGGAAUGGAAUGAACAAGGAGAUCUGUUAGCGUCUGGCUCUGAUGACCAGCACGCCAUAGUCUGGGAUCCUUUCAGACACAAGAAGCUGAUCACCAUGCACACUGGCCAUGCAGCUAACAUCUUCUCUGUCAAGUUCCUGCCCCACUCUGGCGACCGCAUCCUAAUUACCGGCGCCGCAGACACCAAAGUGCACGUGCACGACCUGACUGCAAAGGAGACCACCCACAUGUUCUCCGACCACACCAAUCGCGUCAAGCGCAUCGCCACGGCUCCCAUGUGGCCCAACACCUUCUGGAGCGCAGCCGAGGACGGUGUCAUCAGGCAGUAUGACUUGCGAGAGAGCAGCAAGCGUUCGGAAGUACUCAUCGACCUGACGGAGUACUGCGGCCAGCUGGUAGAAGCCAAGUGCCUAGCGGUGAAUCCUCGUGACAACAAUUACCUGGCUGUAGGGGCCAAUGGGCCCUUUGUAAGACUCUAUGACAUUCGGAUGAUUCACAAUCACAGGAAGUCUAUGACCCAGAACCCAACUGCUGGCGUGCAUACGUUUUGUGAUAGGCGGAAGCCUAUUCCUGAUGGAGCUGGGCAGUAUUACGUUGCAGGUCACCUUCCUGUGAAGCUGCCUGACUACAAUAACCGUCUGAGGGUGUUGGUGGCUACUUAUGUCACGUUCAGUCCUGACGGCACAGAGCUGUUGGUCAACAUGGGAGGAGAACAGGUCUACCUAUUUGACCUGACGUUCAAACAGAGGCCGUACACUUACCUAAUACCCAAAAAGUGCCAAUCAUCAUCGGAGGUGCAGAACGGCAAGACUACCAACGGAGUCACCAAUGGCAUCCACCUGCCAGCAAGUCGUCUCCGCUUCUCUGACGGCAAGAACAGUGGCUCUUUUGAGCUGCCCCCUCACCUGGAGCAGAUAAAGCAGCAGGCAAACGACGCGUUCGCCCGUCAGCAGUGGACUCAGGCCAUCCAGCUGUACAGCCUUGGCAUCCAUGAGGCCAGCCGCAACGCCAUGCUCUACGGCAACCGCGCCGCAGCCUAUAUGAAGAGAAAGUGGGACGGAGACCACUACGACGCCCUGAGGGACUGCCUGAAGGCCCUGUCUCUGAAUCCCAGCCACCUGAAGGCCCACUUCCGGUUGGCCCGCUGCCUCUUUGAGCUCAAGUAUGUGGCCGAGGCCCUGGAGUGUCUGGAUGACUUCAAAAGCAAGUUUCCAGAACAGGCGCAUAGCAGUGCCUGUGACGCCCUAGACAAGGACAUCAAAGCUGCGCUCUUCGCCAAGACAGAUUCAUCGGAAGAGAAGAAAGGGAACAGCUCCAUCCGUUUCCACAACUUCAGCCGGAAGGAGUCCAUCCUGGAAGACGAGAUCGUGCUCAGAGAGCGGAGCUUUGACUAUAAGCACCGCUACUGCGGCCACUGCAACACCACCACUGACAUCAAAGAGGCCAACUUCUUCGGCAGUGAAGGGCAGUAUAUUGUGAGCGGCUCAGACGACGGCUCCUUCUUCAUCUGGGAGAAGGAGACCACCAACCUGGUGCGUAUCCUGCAGGGGGAUGAGUCCAUAGUGAACUGCCUGCAGCCCCACCCCAGCUGCUGUUUCCUGGCAACCAGUGGCAUCGACCCAGUGGUGCGUCUGUGGAGCCCCAGGCCAGAGUCGGAGCGGGAGAACGGGCGCGUGGUGGAGGACAUGGACGGGGCGGCGCAGGCCAACCAGCGGCGCAUGAACGCCGACCCUCUUGAGGUGAUGCUGCUGAACAUGGGCUACCGCAUCACCGGCCUGAGCAGCCGCGGGCCCGAGGGCUCGGAUGAGGAGGACAGCUCUGAGGGCCAGGUGCAGUGCCGGCCCAGCUAGGACUGGCGACCCAGGCAGCCCGACCACCACCACCACCACGACGCUGCACCGCGAGGGUUUCCCACAAAACCUACACUUGUACCCACAGCCAGCCCGUCACGCUCCUUACUCACCACUGGAGCGAGAGGGAAUGCUAGCCAGCCGAGACGAGCAGCCGCCCAACACCACAGCCACUCAGACUUCCUGUCCCUCCCCAUGCAUCACCUCAUGUUUACGCACAUGUGCUUUGUGGGGGAAAAAAACAAACAAAACCUAAACAAAAAUGCAAAGCAAAUAGAAACAGUGAACUACCGCUGUAGAUGUUGUGUGACCAUUUUUGUUUUUGUUUUGUAUUCAAUAUUAUUCGCUCAUGUGCACUCCCCCCAGCAGCCCCCUUUCUUAAAUGAGGAAGGAGCAGAGUGGCUCCACCUAGCGCGGUGCAGUCUCACCCACACAAACAUCCGCCUGGCCCAUGUCCACCAACCACCGCCAACCCUGGGAGAUGACGGUUGGAAACUUCCCUCAGGGUGGGGGGGGGGGGGGGGGUUGGGGUAAGGAUCACCUGUGGGGGUGGGGAUGUGGUGGCAAGGUGCGUGGUGCUGUCGGGUCAGCCUGCUGCUGCUCCAUGCUGCUAUCAGAGAGAUCUCCCUAUUUCCCCAGCAACGAGGUCACUCUAUGGAGAGAACGCGCCUCUCAAGAGCCCUCCCUCUGUUCCCACAGCACUGUCAGAUAGGACACUUUAGGCACCUGGCACACCCUCGCCUCUGUAGCAACACAUUCACUAGACUAGGAAUGUGCAGAGGUCCCGUCUCUCGUACUUUAAUAUUCUGAUUGGCACUUGAGGGGAUUGGCGGGUUCAAAGCUUUGUUCCAAAGUCAGUUUUCUUUAGUGUUGGUUGGGUCUUUGGUCAAAGGCACUUUGGUUGCUGUGUUUCAUGGAGUUGAGGUGUGUGGCUCUAUAACAGCAGGUGAAGAGGUCACACUUGGUGUGUUUUUUAUUUCAGGCUGGGCAUCGUCACAUGAUGUUGAUGAUGAUGAUGAUGAUGAUUCUGUGGCUGGGAAGGACUAUUAGGAAGAAGACAAUGAGCCUAACUUAAUUCAAAUUAAAUAUUUGUAAAAGAUUGCAUAUUAUUUUUGUUUUGUCCUCCUUUGUUUUGUUUUUUAAAGUAAGAAAAAAGACAAAACGGUUCAGUGUUACCAGUAGUGUGAAACUUGGAUUUUCAUUUGUUUAGACAGUUGUGAAGUCUUGAUGGAGUGAGAAUGAGUGUCAGAGGGAAGAGCCUCUACCUGUUAUAAAAAAACAUUUCAAUGCCCAGGAUUCAGUGUUGCUACCUUUCCGUCUGUUGUCAACAAGUUUAACUGGAGUUUUGAGUGCUUCUCAUGGAUAUGAAAACAGUGCAAGUACAAAGGUAUGCAAAAAAAAAUGUCUCAUUUUUACAGGACUGAUUUAAAUCACUGACUGUUACCUUGUGGGAGGGCUUUCUUUUCAUGAAGUAGAGUUAAUGAAACUGAUCAACUCUCCAAAAAGUGUCACAAAAAAUGAAGAAAAAAAAACUGAGUAACUUGUGAAGUUUGGGAAAGAGCUUGUGAAAGAGAUAAUUCUGCCAGACUUGUUUUGUAGAAAGAAAAAAAAAACAAUAAGGAGAAAUUACAAAACUGACAGCUUUUUCCAGUCACAAGUACCACCUAAACAAAACAACUGCACAAACAGGGGGGAGAAUUGUUUCCAGCAUUCAUGAGGUCCCGUUUCACCUCCGGUGCAGUUAACGGCCUCAAGUGAUUUCAGGGGUGAUUUAUCUGGUUUUUUUUUUUUUUUUUGCUCUUUCAGACCUUUUUGUUAGAAUUCAGUUGAUCAUCACUGUCUAACAAUAUGCAGGCAAGCUGUUUUGUGUGGAGGAGAUUGUUACAGCUGUUGCUCAUAACUAGUCAGUAGGGAGCUGGGAAGCUGACCUCUGACCCCCUAACAAACACUUUCUCCUCCAGCUCGGCAAAGCCCUAGAUUUAGCAAGCAACAAUGAAGACAAAAUGGAAAAAUCUGCUGAAAUACGCACGUAGUCAAAACCAAGGCUUCCAUCUGUAUUUCUUUGAUAAGAUAUCUCUUUGUUUUCUUGUUCAACUUUUCAUUUCCUUUUGAGAAUUGUCACUCAGUUUGCUGCAAGAGGGGCAUAAUAAUAAAAGAUAUAUUGUUGAACAGUA